AUAGUAAGAGUAAAGAAAAACCCUUGAAUGAAUAGGUGUUCUAAAACCUUUGACGGUAGUGUAUAUAUAAUGUCAAUUAUAACGUUACUUAAUCAACAUUGACCGACGAUACAUUUGUAACUGUAGCCACCAUCUGAGCUGCACACAUUAUAGCCACCACGUGUGAAGGAUACAUACAAACAUAACUUUGAGUUUCCUGACUGAAAUGCCAGUCGCCUUACUGUCAGGCUGGAACCCCUUGAAUCUCGAGACACACUUGCAACUUUUACGCAACAUUGACCGUGCUAUUUAUUUCGAGAAACUUCCAGCCCCAUCUCCCACACGUCACCGUGCGGAAUCUUUAAAGGGUCCAUUGACUGAAUAAAAUGGCACGGUAUAAAGGAUCAAGGAGUUUGAGCAGCAUGAACACACAGUCACCAAUGGUAGAUAUGGUCAAUAAUAACGAUCCUCUACCGCCAGGAUGGGAAAUAAAAAUUGACCCACAGACAGGAUGGCAUUUUUUUGUGGAUCACAUUAAUCGCAAAACAAGCUGGAAUGACCCAAGACACGAUUCCAAAAAGGUCAGCCAGCUGUCUCAAAAUGGCCCCAGUGUGCCCCCAGAGCCGAGUCCUCAGGAGAUGCAGAAGGCCUUCGUGAGAGACAUGAAGCACCCCACCCUCCGUCAGGGUUACAUCCCAAUCCCAGUCUGCCAUGAAGGCGGAGACAUCCGUCAGCAACAGCAACACCAAUGUUUCCCGUACAUUCAGCCGACUGCUCUGCAAAAUGUACGAGCAGACGGGCGGACACCCUCCCCCACCCCGACGCUCCACUGCAGGCCUAGAUCUCCUUUGCAGGGUCCCUCCGAGAGCACUACCCCUGAGCCCUACAUGUCCUGUUCGCCUAGUUCACAAGGACCUGAGGGCCACCCCUUCCACCAGCCCCCACGACCCAGCAGCACAGGCCUCCAGGCAGGUUACAUCACCAUCCCAGUGAUCCACGAGAGGGCUGGAGGUCACCCACAACAAGCCCCUGUCAACUCCACUCUCUACACCCAGCGCUUUCCGGCUUACUCAGAGCUCCAGCCCUCCUUCCACCACCUACAACCAGAGGACUGGAGCGGUCAUCAUGGGCCCACGUCUUCUUCCCGGGACCGUGCAUCCCCCUCCCCGAGCGUGCUUCCCCAGCACCGUGAGACUGCCGCCAUCCAUAUCCCUCCGCAUAUGAGGAGCCAGUCUCCCCUCAGUGCACAGGUCAUUACAGAGAGACCACAGGUCCAGGUCCACCACCACCAUGUCCCACAGAGAGAAUCACACCACAGAAUGGAGCAGGAGAUCUCUCAGUAUCCCCAAACUGUGCAGAGAGAGGCUGACACACAGCAGCUUCAACAGCCACAGAUGUCACAACGACCACAACAACAGCCACAGCAGCCACAACAAUACCAACAACCACAACAAUACCAACAACCACAACCACAGCAGCCACAACAGUACCAACAGCCACAACAACCACAACAAUACCAACAAUCUGAACAGUACCAACAACCACAACAGCCACAACAGUAUCAAAAGCCAGAAAAAUACCAACAACCUGAACAGUACCAACAACAACCACAACAUCCACAACAACCACAGCCACAACCGCAGCCGAAACAGACAGCAAACAUCACAGUCCAGAUGCCCCCAAAACCAGAAGCCCAGGAGCCAGUGGAUGCUCCUGCUCCACAGGAGGUCCCGUCCACAACAGCAGAAAACGAGUCCGCCGCUCAGUGUCACCCAGGCUUGGCUAAAGUACAAAAGAUAGUGGAGAGAGUGGCGAAACUGGAGCAAGAGGUGAAAUGCUUUGAUGGAAAGAAGAACGAUAAGAGGUACUUGCUGCUGGAGGAGCUGUUGACCAAAGAGCUUUUAGCAUUGGACUCAGUGGACCCAGAGGGGCGUGUGGAUGUGCGACAGGCGCGACGUGACGGAGUCCGGAGGGUCCAGACCAUACUGGAUGCACUGGAGAUGCUGGAUGAGCGGCCAUCGGAGCCAGUCAGUGCGUCCUCGAUGGAGGGCGAGAGCCCGCCACAGAGUGGAGAGCAGCCUAGUACGAUCAGCCAAGCGAAUGUGGAGAUGGCCAGGGAGAUCUCAUAAUGACUGCUUUAUUAUGGCGAAGAGUGAAGAGAAACGUCAUCAAAUAUGACGUGGAAAUAGGCUGCUCCCAAUGUUCCCUAUACCCCCCUUUCUACGGCAGAUAUCACAUAUGAACUAUAAGAUGCAUGUUUGCUUAAUUUCCAGUGUUGGUAUUUUCUGGUAUUCACCACAUAUGUGAUGGUGGUAUCUGAGUGCAAUUAUGUUUAGCCACUGUUGUUGCCUUUUGCCGUGCCAAUGUCUUUUUGCAAGAACAUUGUCAUGUUCAGUGUGUUAAAGACACAUGCAGAAUGGAGAUGAUCUAAGAGGCCUUUAUACAUCCAUAUAGGAAAAUACUAUGAAAAUAGCUUAUUUCAAUUUUAAAAAGUACAUAUAUGUUGUUGCCUUGGGACCAUGUGACGUGGUUGUUGUAAAGUUGUUCAGUACAUAUUCAAUAAGAGAACACUGGUUGGAAUGUAUAGAGAAGGCUACAUCUCUCUAUCUAAGAAAGGGACUCAGUUGCUAUCGUUAGAGAUGCCUAAUAUUUCCCUCUUAGUUCUAAUCCACUACUUCGAGAAACAAUAUUUACCUCAGAUUCCAUAUGAAGAAAUGGGAUAAAUGUUAGUGAAUGUUAAUGAUUCAGUCAGAGAAAAGUAUUUAUUUUUGGGCCUCAGGUGACAAAGAGCCACCUAAAGGGAAGAAUCUUCAUUUUCCUCCUCUCAGAGAUUCCUCUCAGAAUCUUCCUCUUCCUCUCGGUUCCUCUGGGUUAUUUAACACACACCUAACAAAUUAUAUGGUUGAUAGAGUUACUUCGGGUUUCAUUAGUUUCAGCCUGUAGGUGCAUUGCCUAUUUUGGGUUCUUGGCACUUAUUUCACCAUUAUAAUAUGUUUAUAUUUCAUUUGUAAUGAUUAGGGAACUUGAUAUGUUACAUUCAACAAUUACAUCUAGUCACCUUUGAUUCAAGUAAGAUUUAAAAUUGGUAGAAUGUUUUACAACAUUUUUACAUUUGUAGUUUCACUUGUAAUGUUAUUUAAAGAAAGGAAUUAUUGCUGAAUUUAAGAAUGCAUUUAGACAUGUUGGAUGUGAGCUGCAUAACCUCAUGAGAUGUGAGACUAUUAGCAUCAGCUGCUAAUCAAGAAUAACAAUUCAAAGGGUCAAUGUAAAAGAAGGCAUUGUUUAUCACAGCUUGUGCAUUGCAGAUUGUUGCAGUGUUGACAGCUUGGAGUCACGUUAGCAUGGUUGCAAAUAAAAUGAUUUAUUUUGA